CAGAAGACUUUGCCUCCUAACAAGCACUCGGACAGUUCCUCACAUCGAGUAGCUGAGAUGGAGCUGCUGGGAGUCACGACUCCUGUUUUUAUUAUUUUUGUCAUUUGCCUGGUUUUCCUUUGGGUGUGGAAAGAAGGUCGCAAAUGGGGACGGCUACCACCGGGUCCAACUCCCCUGCCCAUCAUUGGGAAUCUGAUGCAGCUAAACCUGAAGGACAUCCCUGCAUCUCUCAGCAAGUUAGCCAAAGAGUACGGCCCUGUUUACACGUUGUAUGUUGGAUCCACGCCCACUGUGGUCUUGCAUGGAUAUGAGGCGGUGAAGGAAGCUCUGAUCGAUCAGGGUGAUGAAUUCCUUGGCAGAGGACCUAUUCCAAUUAUUUCAGAUUUCCAAAAAGGACAUGGAAUCCUUUUCAGCAAUGGAGAGACCUGGAAGCAGAUGCGACGCUUCUCCCUCAUGACCCUGAGGAACUUCGGGAUGGGGAAGAGGAGCAUCGAGGAGAGGGUCCAGGAGGAAGCCCAGUUCCUGGUGGAGGAGCUCAGAAAGACAGAGGCUCAGCCUUUUGACCCCACUUUCAUCCUUUCACUUGCUCCCUGCAAUGUGAUCUGCUCCACCCUCUUCAACGAGCGUUUCCAGUACGACGAUGAGAAGUUACUUUACCUGAUGCGUUUGUUAAAUGAAAAUUCUAAGAAAAUAAGCUCUCCAUGGAACCAGAUGUACAAUCUGUGGCCAAAACUCAUAAAGCAUCUCCCUGGAGAGCACAGAUCAUUUUCCAAAAGGCUCACUAAUGUUAAAAAUUUCAUUCUGGAAAAAGUGAAGGAGCAUCAGGAGUCCCUGGAUCAGAAUAACCCCCGAGACUACAUUGACUGUUUCCUCAGCAAGAUGGAGCAGGAGAAACACAACCCCAUGUCUGAAUUUGACUUGGAGAACUUGGCAGUCUGUGGAUCCAACUUGUUUGUGGCAGGAACAGAGACCACCAGUUCCACCCUGAGAUACGGGCUCCUGCUCCUCAUGAAACAUCCAGAGGUGCAAGCCAAAGUUCAUGAAGAAAUUGACAGUGUGAUUGGACACAACCAGAGGCCCUCCUUGAAGGACAAGAUGAAGAUGCCUUACACAGAGGCUGUGCUGAAUGAGAUACAAAGAUACAUCACCCUCCUUCCGUCUAACUUACCACAUGCCGUGACCAAGGACACGAAAUUCAGACAAUAUGUCAUCCCCAAGGGCACCACAGUAUUGCCAUUAUUGUCUUCAGUCUUGCUGGACUGCAAGGAGUUCCCCAAUCCAGAGACGUUUGACCCAGGCCACUUUUUGGAUAAAAAUGGCAGCCUCAGGAAAACAGAUUACUUCAUACCUUUUUCCCUUGGGAAACGGGCCUGUGUUGGCGAGGGCCUGGCCCGCGUGGAGCUGUUCCUCUUCCUCACCACCAUCCUGCAAAACUUCUCCCUCAAGCCCCUGGUGGAGCCCAGGGAACUAGACAUCAAGCCCCUUGUUACUGGGCUCCUCAACGUCCCCCCGCCUUUCAGGCUGCGCCUUCUUCCUAGAUGAAAGAACGUUCCUCUCUUAACAAUGUGGUUCAAAGUAAUAGCUUUUCCUCUUACUCCCCAAUAGUCUUCCUCUUCAUUUUAAAUACUGUGUAGGACAGAAACACUACUCACGAAAACUUGAUGGACGUUUGUUUAAAUCUGCAAAUCCCUUGACAAAAAGGAGCUGGUCCUGGAAACGCCAAGGGCACAAACACUGUAUUCAUACCCUGUACAGUUCUUUAUAAACCACGCGGUGCAGCACCAAGACCAGGCCCACACGAGGCUUUUGUCGGGGAUAAUUAGCAAUAUAGUAGAGGCUUCACUCUUUCUGUGGCUUUGCACAUAUGCCGAUUUUCUGCUGUUCUUCAGAACAGGGACGUUACUAUCAUAGCCUAUGUGUGUGAUUUCUAUUUCCAAUUGAAAGCAUGUAUAGGAUUUGCACCACAUUCACAAAAUAAAUCCUUACUUCCACAAUA